CGUAGCAUGUCGCCAUUUUGAUUCGAAAAAUAUGACUGAGUUUUUCCUGCUUUGCUUGCUAAACUUAGCCUCGCGUUUGAAUUAUUCCGCUCGUGAGUACGAAACAUAAACUCAUUGUUGAAACAACAGUUUUUCCUGUUUGCGUCAAGUAGCCGUUAACGUUGGGAAAGCGCCCAUUUGCUAGACUUUAAAGCCAGAUUUGACUAACGUUAGCCAAGUUGAGCUAGCUAACUGUAGCCUGAGCUGUCGCAGACUGACCCUUCUUCAAAACAAAUCACUCACAGGCUAAUGUAUGUUAGCUUACACGGCUAGCUGAGAGUUAGCUGGAAAGCUAGUGACUUAGUAGCAGGCUGCCUGACGAAAAACUCCACCAACAGUCUCAUACAGACGGAAGGAAUAGCAGCGGACUUGCAAUCAAAGGUUAUGGUGAGCCUCUCAGCGUCUCAUCUCCUAAAGAGGCCUGCGUUUUAAGAGGAGACCCAUGCUGAUAAAUGCCAGGCCUCACCACACUCUCUGUCGUCUGCACAAACACAAAUGCCUGCCUGCCCGUGGGGGAGGUCUGAUUAAAGAUAUCCACAUUUCAUCCACUGGGCUGUGUCCCCCGUCCCAGCGGCCACCAUGUUUUGGAAGUUCGACCUGCACACCACCUCCCACAUCGACCAGCUGCUGGACAGGGAGGACGUGACGCUGAGAGAGCUGAUGGAGGAGGAUGACGUCCUGCAGGAGUGUAAGGCCCAGAACCGCCGGCUGCUCCUCUUCCUCUCCCAGGACCACUGCAUGCAGGAGCUGGUCAGUCUCAUCACCACAGAGCCGCCAGCCGACCUGGAGGAGAGGAGUCGCUUUAAGUUUCCUAACAUUGCAUGUGAGCUCCUCACAUCAGAUGUGUCGAUAAUAAACGAUAAACUGGGUGCAGAUGAGUCUCUCCUCGAGAUGCUUUAUCACUUCCUGGAGCAGGACCCACCCCUCAACCCACUAUUGGCCAGCUUCUUCAGCAAAACCAUUGGGAAUCUCAUCGCCAGGAAAACCGAACAGGUGAUUACCUUUCUAAAGAAGAAGGAGGGAUUCAUCGGUCUGGUGCUGAAACACAUUGACGCCUCUGCCAUGAUGGACCUGCUGCUUCGCCUCAUCAGCUGUGUUGAGCCUGCCCCCUUGAGGCAGGAGGUCCUCCAUUGGCUGAAUGAGGAGAAGUUGGUACAAAGACUCACAGAGCUCAUCCACACAGGCAAAGAUGAGGAGAGACAAUCAAAUGCAUCCCAAACACUUUGUGACAUCAUCCGCCUUAGUCGAGACCAGGCCAAUCAGAUGCAGGAGAAUAUGGAGGCUGAUCCACUAUUGGCUGUACUAGAGUCGCAAGAAAGUGUAGCGGGGCUCCUCAAGAACAUGUUUGAGGGGGAGAGAAAUGAGGCCUCCAUUGUUAACGGAACUCAAGUGCUACUUACCUUACUGGAGACCAGGAGGUCUGGGUUGGAAGGGCUGAUGGAUCUGUAUUCUCAGGGUUUUGAAAGGUCUUACACUGUCAACAGCAGUAUUUUAAAUGCCAUUGAGCCCCAUUUAAAAGACUUCCAGCAGCUUCUUCUGGACCCCCCCAAGAAAAGUGCAAUAUUGACGACCGUUGGUGUUCUCGAGCAGCCACUGGGGAACGCCCGCCUUCAUGUGGCCCGGCUGGUGGCCGCCCUGCUGCAGACCAGUGCCCCCAGUAUCUGCCAGGAGCUCUGCAAUCUCGCCACCAUGGACCUACUACUGGAUCUGUUCUUCAAAUACUCCUGGAAUAACUUUUUGCACUUCCAAGUGGAGCUCUGUGUGGCGGCUAUCCUGAACCAUCCUUCCUCAGAAGAGCGGCCCAACCCAGGCCUCCAGAACCACGAUGGGAAGCCUGCAGCGUCCAACCUUGAGGCUCCAGGGGAGGCAGUGGAGACAGGCCGGACCAGCGACCCACAGACCUCCAUCCACAACGCCCUCGUGGCACAUCUCUUCCAGAAGUGUCAUCUGGUACAGAGAAUCCUCGAUGCCUGGGAGGAGAACGAUAAAAUACAGGCUGAGGGAGGCACCAGGAGAGGAAAUAUGGGUCAUCUGACCAGAAUUUCCAACAUGGUGGUCCAAAACCUGGAGAAAGGACCGGUACAGGCCCAGAUGGCUGACCUCAUCAAAGAGCUUCCAGAGGACUGCAGAGGUCGCUGGGAGAGCUUUGUAGACGAAACCCUGAGAGAGACAAACAGGAGAAACACAGUGGAGCUGGUGAGCACACACAACAUGCACUCGUCCAGUGAGGACGACGACAUGGAGAGCCCCUUCCCCAACGACCUGUCUCUCCAACAGGCCUUCUCAGACUAUCAGAUCCAACAGAUGACCGCCAACUUUGUGGAUCAGUUUGGUUUUAAUGAUGAGGAGUUCAGUGAACACGAUGAAAAUAUCAACGCCACAUUUGACAGAAUUGCCGAAAUAAACUUCAAUCUAGAUGCUGAUGAUAAUAGUGCCAAUGCGGCUGCUUUUGAAGCCUGCUGUAAAGAGAGGAUACGCCAGUUUGACGAUGCUGAAGAAGAAGAGGACAUUUGGGAGGAGAAGGAGAUGAACUAUGCAACACAAGUUAAAUCCAGAACAAGGUUUGGUGUGACCCAGACCUCAGAGGGAAGCUCCAGAGGCAGCUUGGAGAACGGAGGCAGGGAGCGGGACCACGGGUCUGAAUCUGACGAGGAUGAUGACUCUGAACAGAACACAUCAGAUUCAGGUCACGGCUGGUCGGCAAACUUCAGGGACUCUCGAGGAACUGCAGCAUCUCAGACCCCUGCAGGGUGGGAGAGCUCAGGGGGGGCAGCGGAGACGCAGGGAACCGGCUGGGCCAACUUCACGGAGUUCCAGCCUUUCUCCGGUACGGAGACUGAGCCCAGGUGCAGCUCUCCUGUGAGCACUGGCAGCAGUGAUGCUGAAAAACAAGCCAAACAGAACCACGAGAAAAGGGGAGACGUCAGUGCCUCCUCUGGUGCUUGGCCUGUGGGAGCGGGGAAGAAGGCUCCUCUCGUUGCCUCAGACAGCAGCUCCUCUGGGGGAUCAGACAGCGAGGAGGAGAGAGGAGAGGAUAAAAAUGCUGCUGCUCCUCCUGUUGCAGCUAUCGCCUCUGAAACCCCUGCCAACAAGACAGCUGACCUCAAAAGCGAGGAGAGUCCGGUGUCUCUGGAGAAACUCUCUCUGUCAGAUCCUCCUAAAGCAUCGGAGCAGCCGCCCGCUGACGACUCACCUGUAGCUACACAGACAGACAGGAAAGAGGAAACGCCCCCGCCCCAAGAGGUGUCGGUGAACGGGCCAGUCUGAGCGCUUGCGGACUGCUCGCAUCCAUCAGCGACGGCGCGGCGGACUCUUGGCCUCCUCCAGAGUGACUCCCCUAGAAUAACCUCACUGCUACUAUGGUGUUUUUUACUGAAUCACUCUGCCAUGUUAUUGGACCUGGACACUGCCAAUCGACACCAAUAAUGAGGCGGCGGAACGUGUAAAAACAAAAUCAUGACAAACCAACGAAUCCAACAGACAGAGCGGAGGAGCGCAGAGGAAUCAUCUUCGACGCCUUUUUCCCGAUGUUGCACAGAUUUAACGUGCGGUUUUAAUGUAGCAACGACAGAAUCGAGGGGUAACAUCAUCAUUCUUAUUUUUUUAUGUCCUCAAAGAUUUCUCUCCCUCCUGUUUGAAGCUGUUGGGAUCCCGUUGUUUGGGAUUUUUUACAUCGUCACCCCUGAAUGGAAUAGCACAGGCUAACUUUUAACGAUGCCUCAACAAUAAAUACCUUUUUUGACAACA